AUGGACGUCUUCCAGAAGUGUUUGGCUAUUGCCAAGGACCCGUGGCAUGCCAGAUGGAUAUGUCCAUUGCUACUGCUAGCCGAUGCAGGCCUCACUGCCUUGAUCGUGUGGAAAGUACCAUACACCGAGAUCGAUUGGACAGCAUAUGUCGAACAGGUCGCACAAUAUCUUGCUGGAGAGCGUGACUAUACCAAGAUCCAAGGAGGUACUGGGCCUUUGGUCUAUCCCGCGGCUCAUGUCUACAUCUACCAGAUGCUAUAUCGGUUCACCGAUCAAGGAACCAAUAUUCCGUUUGCACAGAUCAUCUUUGGCGUCCUUUACCUUUUGACGCUUGCUGUUGUUAUGGCAUGCUACCGCAAUGCAAAGAUACCACCCUACGUGUUUCCAAUGCUCAUCUUGUCCAAGCGCAUGCACUCAAUCUUUACGCUGCGUUUGUUCAAUGAUUGCUUUGCCAUCUUCUUUUUCUUUUUGGCCGUCUACUGCUACCAGAAGCGAUGGUGGGUCACUGGAUCGGUGAUCUACUCGAUUGGGCUGGGAGUCAAGAUGAGUCUAUUGCUUGCAUUGCCUUCUGUCGGCAUUGUGCUUCUGCAAGCACUUGGCGCCGGUGAUGCAAUUGGUCAUGCAUCACUGAUUGUCUUGAUACAGGUUCUACUGUCAUUGCCAUUCACGCUACACAACCCACAAGGCUACCUCUCACGAGCAUUCGAGUUCACACGACAGUUCUUCUUCAAGUGGACAGUAAACUGGCGUUUUGUCGGAGAGGAAACGUUCCUCUCGAAGCAAUUUGCAUUGACAUUGAUGGCUGUUCAUGUUUCUUUACUUGUUCUGUUUGCUACGACCCGCUGGCUGAAGCCUUCGAGGCAAUCCCUCCCAGAAGUCAUCGGCUCGAUUUUCAACCCUCCAUCGAAAGCGCAGCAAGCACAAAUCUCAGCAAGAGUGACACCAAGAUUUAUCCUGACGACUAUUCUCUCGGCAAAUGCGAUUGGCAUGCUGUGCGCAAGAUCGCUGCACUACCAGUUCUAUUCUUGGAUUGUGUGGGCGACUCCUGCUCUUCUCUGGCGUGCGGGUUAUCACCCAAUCCUCCAGUAUGCCCUGUGGGGAGCGCAAGAGUACGCUUGGAAUGUCUUCCCCAGCACUAACUUCAGCUCGAUGGUUGUAGUACAGGUUCUCGCGGCGACGGUAGUAGGUGUGUGGUAUGGAACAAGAAAGGAAGCCAUCGACAUUGCGGCGGAGAAGCACCAGCAUAUAGAGUAG